UUUCAAUCCUGCGUCUGUUGCUCUGCUUCGGUGUUCUGCUCCGCCUCUGCCUGGAAUCCUCGAAGCCGAAUGCCUACCCCUAUGGCCUCCCCUCCAUCGCCUCCCGACGGCUCCUGUUGGAACGUUGUUUACACCAUCUCUUCCUCUAAGCGCAAAUACGACGGCAUUCUCACUCUCCGCUGCAUUAACGGGUCCGUCGCGAAGAAGAUCUUCCUCUCCGACUCCAACUCUAGGAAGCUGGCGGAUCGCAUUCUUCGCCGAACUGAGCGCGUGGUAACAGGUGAAAGCCUUCGUUUCGAUCCUCCCCCUGGGUAUGUCGUCUUGGUGGACUCGUUGGUCGAGGGCCUCCUCUCAUCGUCGUCGUCGCAUUCAGUUGCAUGGAAGUCCUCUCGCUCUCCUGCGUCCGCUUCGACCUCUUCCGUCAUUGAUUUGUCUCCAUAUGCAUCUGGUACUGUGAUCGGCCGAAAACUUGCUGUGAUUCACAAACCUGUUCUUGCUCCAUAUCGCAGACCUGGCAGGGUUAGCAAUAUUGAGCAAGAAUGUUACAUUGAUGAGCAAGCUUCUAGUAAUAUAUGGAGAAUUCGAGAAAAGGCUGUUCAACCGGCCCACAAACCUGCUGGCAUUUGCAUAAUCGAGCAAGAAUAUGACAACGAGGAGAAAGCUUCUGUUGACAUGAACUCGAGGGUCCAAGCAGACGCUGCUGAACCGAUUCCGAAGCCUAGCAGGAUUCGCCGAACUGACCAAGAACGUUACAACGACGAGAUACAUUCUGAUAACUUGAGGAUGCUUCAAGCAGAGGCUGCUGAUCCGAUUCCCAAACCUAGUAGGAUUUGUCGAACUGAGCAAGAACCUCACAUUUAUGAGGGACAUUCUGUAAACUUGACGGGAUUACAACCAGAGGAUGUUGAACCGAUUGGCAAGCCUACAAUGAUUUCCAAUUUUAAGCAAGUAUGUCAAAUUGUAGAAGAAUCUACUAGUAAUGUGAGGAGAAUCGCCGAGGAAGCUGCUGCACCGUCCCGCGUAUCCACCCGGAGUUUCAAUGUUGAGCAAGAGUGUUUUGUUGAUGAGGAAGCUUCAAGUACUCCGAGUAGAACCCUAGCACAGUCAGCUGAAUUGUGCUCCCACGAAGUGAAGGGUUGCCUUGACACCAUGUAUUUCAGCGUUCGAGAUUUUUGGAUAGGCUACAAGCUGUACUGCUUUGGCCAUUAUUCUCAUUGCGAUGUGUCUAAAGAGCAGUUUCUAGCUAGCAAGAUGGGUCGAGUAGUUUGUCUGUUGAACAAGGAGAAGGGUGUUUCAUGGGGAGCAAAGUUUGAUGAAACAGUAAGGCAAGCGUGGGCGAUGAUGGAGGAAUAUCUGAUGAUUUACUGCGGCAAGGACUGCACAAAUCUAAGGGCCUUAAUGGAAGAGUUUGAGGAUGUUAAGCUAUUAUCUACCACACAGAAUGGCUCGUUACUGCUCCAACUAAUCAAGGAUGACGAGUAUGGAACCGAACGUACUUACAAUCAAGCGCGCAGCGUUCAAGUACCGUCCACUAAUAUUUUUUAUCAGUUCCGGCAGAGGCUCAAUCAGGUGGACUCCAAGUUGUGUAAUCUCAUGAAAUUGACGGGGGCGCAAUAUUUAUUGGAUAGCCACAAUUCAGGUGUGGGUAAAUAUUAUGAAAGCAUAUCUGCCCGUAACCCAUCUAACAAUUCUUGUGACAAACCAAAAGUCAGACCAAAUGAUAUCUGGGGCAAGCUUGCACGGCCCAAGUAAAUGCUUAGUACAAUUAUGUCGAGCCGAGUAAUAUGGCAGCCGAUUACUGUGCGAAAAAAUACGGCAAGGCAUGCCUAACACUUUGAAGAGAAGGCAGGAUCAUUCCAUUGGUAAAGAGAUCUGUCGGAGGUCUUGCUCCAACACUGAUUUUUACAUGUUUGCCGUGUGCAAUGUGAACAUGCUACGUUUUCUUACAGCAGGUUUCUUCUCGUCAGAGUAUCGUGUGUAUAUUAGUUCAUCCAAUAAGUUGUGAGGCAGUUGUGGCUCUAACGUUGCAUGGACAAUUAAAUGACCAGUACAUAGUGUCCCAAGAGCUGCAGGAAUCUGAAUCUUAAGCUACAAAUAACUCUAGCUAUUUUGAUCCUAGACAGAAUCCAGUGACGACGACUUUUUAAAAACGAAGGUAUCCGAUCAUUGGAGUUGGCAAAUUCCAAUAACCCUAGCAUCACUUCUCCAUACUCCGCUGAAGGCAUACUUAAAUUGAGAAAUCGCCUGGCAGGGGCCGGCGUCCACUGCCUGGCAAGAAAUGAAUUAAUUGUAAAUGUAUAUUGCAGUA